GUCAGUUAAAAUUAGAAAUGUCUAUCUCUUUGACAAGUAAAUCUCUCUGUAAGCUGUUCUUAGAGAUCUCUCAUGAGGAAUUAUCCAUUGACCUGCACAGGCAGAGCCUGUGCCAGGAGUAUGGCUUCCACCCUCUUAAAGCUUUUUUGAGAAUUAAGGAUAUCCGGUACCAGAAGUAUACAGAAUAUGGGAGAGGUCAUAAGCUCUUUUAUGAUUUUCCAAAUAUUUAUAACCAAAGCGAAGAUGAAGGUUUUAAGGAAUUUAUUGAUGCUCAUGAUUUGCAUUGAUUUUUGCACAAAAAUUAUCAUGAUGAUGUACGGAUUGAGGAGUGACAAAUUUUAAUCAAUUAUUUUGACAGCAACAGCAAAGGAAAACUUUAUUUCGACGACUUCUUGCUCAUUUUGUUACCCUCUAAUGAUAAAGAGCUGAGAAAUGUCAUGAAAAGGACAAAGUAUUCUAUUGGAGAAAUUGGGCCUGAUGAUAGGAUCAUGCCUCAAGAUUGUGAAAUAUUGCUAGCUUCUUUGUUCAAAAGAGAAAUUGAUAUGAGCAGGAUAGCAAGUAAUAUUUUACAAGAUAUCAACCAUUCAUAUACCCCUCUAGAGCUGUUUAAUUUAGUUGAUAUCACUAAUCAAGGAUUUUUGGAUCAUUUUUCAUUGAAAAAUUUCUUGUUAUGAAAUGAACAUAUGGCAACAAAGGAAGAAUUGAUUGCAAUCAUAAGGAGAAUUGACACAAAUGGAGACUCAAAAGUGGAUUAUGAUGAUUUUGUGCAAUUUUUAAGCACAGACAAUUUUUCUGGUCAAAUAGAGAAUUAUCCUUAUCAAUUAGAAAAUAAUUAUCAGAGUCGGUUUUAUCAUUCUCACACACCAGAACUGAGUAUAGAGACGCCGCAUCCAAUUUCUUACGUUAAUCCUCAGACAAUAAAUAUUAAAGAAGAGCCAGAAUUAGAUGAGAAAGGUUCUGGACAUGAAUACAAAAGCGUGAGAUUUGCUCCUAACCAAUCCCAACUUAACAUACAUGAUCUUAGCUACAGCCAGACAGAUGAAGACUCUGCUGAAUAUAGCUCAUUCCUCCAGAAGAGUAAAGAUCUUAAAGAGGAAAGAAAGAUGAAGUAUGCUUAUAAGAAGAAGAGCAAAUAAGAUUAAGAGAAUUCAUGAAGAAAGUUUGAGCAGAAGUAAGGACUCAAAUUUGCCUUAUAAAUAUUAUCCCGAAAUAAAAUCCCCAUUGAGAAGACAACCAGAUAUAAUUUUAAAGAGAUUGAAAAAACUGAAAGGUUCUAGGAGGAGGAAAGGCUUGAGAGGUAGCAGAAAUCAAGAUUCUAGGAGCUAUAAUACAAUAUAUAGCACAUCAAGAGGGUCUGUGAAACGAAACAGGUCUAGAUCCAAGUCAACAAGAAGGAGGCUAACUUAUGAAGACUAAUUAAAUUGACUCAAUUUUCAAUA